UUCAGAAUGAAAGAAAACCCCAUUGGAUCAACUACUCUGGGCUUCCUAGAGCAAAUCCAACUGUCCAAACUGUUCAACAGUAAAGCAGAGCCCUUCUGUGUGGAAAACUCUUUCCAGAGCCUUGUGCAGCUGCAGGAGGAGGAGGAAGAAGAAGAGGGAGCUGCAGGCAGGAGAGGACGGAGAGUCGCUGUCCUUUCAGCACCAUGGUGGGCCGCUACUACUCAGGCUAUCUGGCAGAUGAUGAAGAUCUUCAAGGAGCCCAGUUACAGACAGACAAAUCAUCAAACAAGCCAACUGUCACCCAAGUGAGAAAAACAUAUGACUGGAAAGCCCUGCUGAGACCAGCUUCUCCCUGUGGAUGCCAGAAUCCAACCGCAUCACCAGAUGUUAUGGCUUUUAGCGCAUUUGAGAGUGACAAUAAACUGGAGAAAAAAGGGAAGCAGGAUGAUCCCUUCUCUAAUAUCCAGGGGGCUGCACAGGAUUUCUCCAACUUUGUGGACUUCUUGAUUGACAUGGAUGCCUUGGACAGCCUCCAGCAAACCAUGGAAGAGGCAAUCCGGAAAAUAAGGGAAGUAAUAGUGGAGGAUGAAGGGGGUUUACUUGAUUUCAAAGAGGAUGUCAGUUCUAGUCCAGAAAGUGAGUCUUGGACUAUCUCCUGUCGAAAGCACUGUGAUUGUUUCAGCUCAAGUCAUUAUCCCUCCACAUCCAGCUCAGAGGAAGACUGUAAAGAAUGUUUCAAAAGCAAGGCCGGGCAUAAGCUGGGCAGUGAAACCAAACUCCAGAAUCAGUGCAUGCUGGAUAAGUUUGUAGCUCAAGCCACAAAGAAAGAGACAAGGAGGGGGACGGAGGAAGUGGCUGGGAUAUUCCAUACAAAGAGUGUUACAGAAAAAGCAUCUGAUUAUUAUUUCCGUCAAGAACACUUUCACAUUUGGGCACAACUGGCAGACUCUUCUGUUGGCCUCCAUGAACAAAGAGCUACAUCAGAUUUUUUCUCUAAGAUUAAGAAGAAAGAUAAGUCUCAGUCUGAAAAAGACUCAUCUUUUGAUAUUAAACACAUUGAAAAAGAAAUCACAAAUGUCCUGAAACAACCCGCUCCAUCUGACACUGACUAUCCUGGUCAGCAGCCAUUUGAAACGCUUGAUUUCUUAGAAGAAAAUAAAUUAGUCUCUGCUCUUCAAGAUAUUGUAAAUCAAGCCAUUCUAGAAAUAUUGAAUGCAACAAAGAAAGAUGGAUCCCCUUUAUUUAACAUGGCCGAUGACUCUGGCAUUACUGGUGAUGAUUUGAAUGUAACAAACCUCUGUGAAAAAAGUUCUUCACCUGGAAAUAUAGAUGAGUCGACUCAAACAGCUUCAGAAAAUGCAGAGGAGGGAAAGACAAAGGAAGAAAAGACAGAAGAGGAAAAGGAACCUAAGACAAGAGAGAAGACAUUAAAAGAAUCUACACAAAAAUCAAAACAUGGACCACAGUCACUUCAUAAGUCCAAGCCAAAAUCACCACCCGAGAAACCUCCAUCCAAACCAAAAUAUGUGCCACCCCCACUCCCUAAAUCCAAGCCUAGGGCAGCAGAUGAGGCACCUCCACCCAAAUCAAAAUAUGUACCUCCCCCACUCCCUAAAUCCAAGCCUAGGCCACCAGCUGAGAAACCUCCACCCAAACCAAAAUAUGUGCCACCCCCACUUCCUAAGCCUAAACCAAAGAAACCAGCAAUGGUAGAAGACGAACUUCCAUUUUCCCAGUCUACUGGUCAUUUUCUUUCAAGACAUCAGUUUCACAGCCAGAUUUUUAAUAAAGAUCAAUCAGGUGGACACUUGAAAGGCAAGCUUUCCAGAAGACAAGAGGAGAUUGUUGACUUUCUUGUUGAAAAUGCAGCCAAACAUGUGUUAUACAAGUAUAACUACGAAAAGUCACUGUCAGAGAAACUUGGAUUUAUUUCAGUUCCUGUAACAAAGGUACUCCUUGAGAUAAUGUUUGGCUUUAAAAAAUUAAAGGGCAGCGGCAUAAGGCUAUCAUCACAGAUUGAUUGGGCUGAGGUAUAUCAGCAAGUACAUGCAAAAAGACCCACUAAACCCCAAAAGCUUCGUUCAAAGAGUUGUGACAAAAAAAAUGCUCAUUCCAAACCAAAAGUAAUCACUGGCAAGGUAAAAGUAAUUGAGAAGCCCAAUGAACAAAACAUCUCUGCUCUGCCAGAAAUAACUGAAAUAGUUCCUCUAAAAUUCUCUGAUGAUAUACCACAGAGUGGAGAGGAUUUGCAAGGUCUGGAUUCUGUUGAAGCCUUAAGACAAAUGUCAUUUUCUAGAAAGUCUAUCAUUCCCAUUGAUAGCCAGAGAAAAUUAUCUGCUGUUUUACUGGACACUGAGUGCCAGAAUUCUAUAGAAUCUUCUAGGCAAUCCUUGUCAUCUCGAAGGACUAGCAUCACCAGUGAGAGCAACAGAAAAUCACCAACACUUUUACCAGACACUGAACUCCAGAAUUCUGUAGAACCUCUAUGGGAAGCCUCGUCUUCUAGAAGGACUAGCAUCACCAGGGACAGCAGCCGAAAAUCGUCAACUGUUUUACUGGACACUGAAGGCCAGAAUUCUGCAGAACCUCUACGGCAAGCCUCAUCUUCUCGAAGGACUAGCAUCAUGGAGGGGAGCAACAGAAAAUCAUCGACUAUUUUACUGGACACUGAAGGCCAGAAUUCUGUAGAAUCUCUAAGGCAACCCUCAUUUUCUCAAAGGACUAGCAUCACAGGGGACAGCAGCCGAAAAUCAUCAACUGUUCUCCCCAAAAUUUGA